AUGUAUCCUUGUGAAAGGCUAAUAAAGUGCGGCGUGCUACUUUCUUUGGCGAUUGUGCCUUUGGUGGGUGUCCGUGGAGCGGCGCUUGAAUAUAACUCGCAAAACCCACAGAAAUCUGACGAACCGAAUUUGCCCGUUGUUGGCGCACACAAUGAAGUAAUUGCAUGGGUGCAGGAAAUGAAGCUGUUAAGACAGUAUACAAAGGAUUGCAUUGGGAAAACGAGCGACACCACAUGGAACUGCUUUAAGGAGAGUAGUGCGCGCAUAUUGGACGAUAUCCUGUCAUCCAGUGUGAUUCCCGUGUGGCCAGGUGUGCGCUUAGUGCGGAUGCCAGUGCAAAGCAAUGCAACAAAUGAGAACCGGUCAAAGAGUUUCAGCGAAUUCUAUGAUCGCAAGGACCUGCAGCAUCUGACCUGGUUCGAUCGACUUGCCAUGCGAUUGGCGCACACGCUUAGCACACAUUUCCUGCAAGUGAACUUGAAGGAACUCACCGAUGCGUACAUGCGCGCUCUGGAAAGGGACGAAAAUAAUAACAGGCUUGCCGCUGAAGAACCGGGCACCGCGCGCCACCGCCGCCAACGAUACAACAUGAUGAUCACCAUGAUGUUUGGCGUCACCGCUUUGGGUGCUGUGCUCGUCCCUAUGGGUUUUCAAAUGCUCUCCAUUGUGAGCGGAAAAGCUUUGUUAUUAGCGAAAAUGGCUCUACUAUUGGCGUCUAUCAAUGGACUGAAGAAGUUUUCUCAUUCUUUCAAUCCACAGGUGGCCAACAGCGGUAUACAUUAUGGUCUUUACCAUGUGCCCGGCGAGCAUUACGGGUACUACGACCGAGGCGAUGCACCGCACCAUCCAAGGCAAGUGGCCAGUUUUACUGUAGCACAACCAGUCACUGAAGAGCUGGGUCUAAAAAAAUGA